AUGCAUGUUUACGAGCCAGACGGCGCGAUUUGCCGCGUGGUGUCUCUCGUUCCAGAGUUUAUCUUGACGAAUGCCUUGAAUAUGCCCCUUUUCUUUCGCCAAUACGGAACACAGGGACCGGCGUUUGAAGUGCACCCUAGCCAAAGCUACCCAGUGUACUGGGCAAGCUCUGAGCUCCCUCAGGCUAUUCAAUUUAGGCCUGGCAUGGGGGAAGGCUAUGCGUGGUCAGGGGCUGUGAUUGCGAGCGAGGAAACUGCGGGGAAGAGUUGGAUUGCGCUGUACAACGGCAUGGGGGAUGGCGCACCUGGAGUUUUUUGCGUGGAGGUGGCUCCCGAUGGCGGGGUGAAAAGCAUUUGCAUCCGGGGAGCUGAAAGCGCAUCGGAGGGGUUCUUGGUUAUCAAUAAAUGCCCUGAAAUUCAACGGGUUAUGGUGCACACAUACCACACGGAGAUGAGCUCUCAGAGCCAGACGGGGGGGGAAACGGCGAGCAGUUCGGCAGCCUCCUCGUCCUCGGCGCAUAGGUACAAGCAGCACGCCACGAAGCUUCCAGAUUUCGACUUCCACUUUUUUGCACAUGAAGGAGAAACCGUCGCUUACGGCUGGCCCUUCCCUUUUACUUAUGCCUCCCGUCCGUGUCAGGUGCUGUUGUGGAUAGACAGCAAGACGGUGGCACCAAAGAGCCCUAUAGUGUUGGAUCUGGAGACUCCUCAGUACAAGCGGUACGAAGUGAAUCUGGGAUUGCGAGGCAUGCCACAAAUCAUCGUGAGGACAGAGAAGCGGGGAGAUGCCAUGAUCAUCGAAGCCCUCGAGAGUCCCUUGCGGAGUUUGCACGUGGCGAUCAACAUGGCGCAGGUUGGGGUGUCUCUAAUCUACGACGCUGUGAGAGAAGAGCUGUGUUUCGCGGAGCUGUCGCAACUGGCCAUAGGCUUUCAGGAGCGUGGCGAGCGGCAGAAACUGCUGGUGCGCAUCGCCGACAUUCAAGUUGACAAUCAAAUGGAGCAAGGUCGCAAACCCGUCCUCUUGGCAAACAGAGGCGGAGGUGGACAUGGAUCCGAUGAGGACUUUAUGUGGGCAUGCAUGACGUCUUUGGGUUUGAUGAGCGCCGCCUCCCGCCGCACCGUUUCUUCGCAAGAACUGGAAAUGUGGCUACAGUCGCCUAUUCACCAAACAUACAGCCCCCCGCCCCUGCCCACUGUAUUGGCACUCGAGUCUAUGCUAAUUGACCGAUUUGACGUCUACUGCUGGUGCUCCUUCGUCCUCGACAAGAUGCACAUGCUCUCGGACCUCCUGAAAGUUGGACUGCGCAUUUUAAUGGCAUCAGGCCGUCUCGAGCUCAUGUUGAACUUUCAGCGCGAAGAGUUCAGAAACCUGCGUGGAACUGCCAAGACCUUUGUCUCUUCAUUGCAGGAGCGGUAUACGUAUCACUUGUUAAAUUCAGUAUUUUCUUCUUUGGGUCAGAGCUCGCUUUUGAAUGUACCACGCAUGCCGUAUGAGCUCGGGAAGAACACCAUUGGGUUGGCGGCCAACGCUGUGGAUAGUGUCAGUGCGGGUUUAGGCAGUCUACUUUCAACCUUCACCUUUGACUCGGAGUACAUCAACAGGCGACAGAGGGAGAGAGUGCGCAAUACUGCGAGUAUGCGGGACGGGUUUCUGUCAGCGGGCAGGAACAUUGGAGAGGGCGUAUGGUCUCUGACAAAUAUCGUCACAAAGCCCAUUGAGGGCGCACAGAGAGAAGGUGUGGGCGGCUUCUUUAAAGGCAUAGGCAAGGGCAUUGUCGGAUCGCUUGUUAAGCCUCUAGACAAGGUUGGGCAGGCCGUUUCAGAUGUCACUCGAGGCAUCAAAGCGGAAGUAUCAAAGCCAAUUGGGGCGCACAAGUUUAGAAACGAAAGAAGACGCAAACCCCGCUUGCUCGGCGAACUGGGGGAAAUAAGGUGCGAUCCUGUUCGCUUCUCAACUGCGGCUUCCACUCAGGCCCUACGACGAAACAGAGGCGACACUUCGCGAGCGUCUCGGCUUAGCAGUGACGCGCCGCAUGCAGAAGUUCAUAACGGUUCUGAAGGAAGAGGCGCUUCCUCCCCGUCAUUUUGUAGUGCUGUUUUAUCCCAAGGAUAUUUUCUUUGUGGACUUUCAUCAUCAGGGCCGGCCACUCCACAGUGCAGAGACCUAAAGACAUACUGGCCGCAGUCAGCAGCCUAG